AUAACUGAAAAGCACAAAUAUGAAAAGAAUUAAAUAUUUGUUUUGUUUUUCUGUAAGGAUUAUGUCAACUUUUCAGUGUAUCACAUUGUGUUGGAGUGUGGAGCACAAUCAUUUCUGGUUUUGUUUGUGCUGGGUUCUGUCAGGCUACCUUCCACAGGUGCAGUACAUUUACCUCUGAAUCUUUGGUAUGUAAACUAUUUGUAUUUCCAUCUCCAGGGCGUCCAGAUAUGAAAGUCUGUCCACAAAGAGAUGUGGUAAGUUAGGUAGUUGUGUUAAGGCAAAGGGAGCUAAAGAAUGCAAACUACCUCAAAGUCUCUUAACCUACUGUAUUUGAUUACAUAGUGUCCUCUACAUUCAGAGUAGGAAUUCAUGUGGUGUUUACGUGGCAUUUUAAGCUGAGUGGUUUGUUUUGUUUUUUUGUUUGUUUUUUGUUUGUUUUUGUUUUUUUUUCUCAUUUUUUGUGUUCCACCCAGGAGUCCCUUGACUGCUGCCCUGCUGAGAGCUUGUGUGUGGGGAGCGAUGACACCGCUACAUUCCAAGGCAGCACUGAGGACUCUUGCAAUGAUUGCCAAGCUGACCAGACGGUGCGCUCAGUUUGUGGCAUACCCACUGGAAAAAAACCCACUGACAACGGGAAGCAGAACAGCCCUUUGAACUUCCCUCAGAGCGAUACCAUCCGUUCAGAUAAGAGGGAGUCAGGAAACGUUAUCGUGAGCUCUGGUGACUCGCUAACUGGCGACUCGCUAACUGGCCAAAAAACAGAUUUACUGUUAACAGAUGAACAGGGAGGGAGAAAUGCUGAAUGCAUGGACUUGGAGGUGAAGCCUCAUAGUCCUCCACACAAGAGCCUGGCUGAGGCUGAGGCAGGGGCAGGGGCAGGCCUAGGCACUGAUAAUGAGUUCACUAAUAUAAGUGUGACGUUCCCUUCUAGCCCCAUCAGAAAGGGACAAAAAGAGGAUGGCAAGGAGGUGACCUCCGAGAUUUCCACUGAAAAUGAGGAAGUCAGCAACUUCACUGCCACAGACUGCACUAUACUUGAACACUGUAACAGCGUUUCACAGCUGACAGAGCGUGCUGACAUUACAAACAAUUUGGAAAGCAUUUCCAACGAUUUUGGUUUAAACGGUGCUGUUACAGAUCCAUGUUUUUUGGACAACACACAGGAGUGCAGUGUAUCCUUACUCGCAUGCCACACAGACAGAGCACAGCAAAGUGCUCUCUGCGUGAGAGAAGAAUCGAGGCUUAUGGAGUCAUCCGUGGCCAUGGGUGAGGCGUCUGAUUCACACGACAGCCACUCUCCAUCUCUUCUGACAGGAGGGAGCAGAGCACCAGAGAGAAACGCAGAAGUGCGUGCUGCAGGGGCGUGGCGUCGCGAAGAACAGUCAACACACUGGAAUGCUAGCUCUGAGGCACACAGCGAACCAUCAGAUAUUACACCUAGCCUUCAGAUAUCACACACUGGCCUGCCACACCUGGAUGAAACCCACAAUGGGGAAACUAGGCAAAACUCCCUCAACGUGUCAAAGGCCGGUUGGUCUGGUGGGUCUGAAACACAAAGAGACGUACCCAGUGUUUUGAAUAGCCCGAGCGAUGUUUGCAUUUCUUCUUCAGGGCCAAUGAAGUGUGACAUGCAAAUGAGCCAGUUGGGUGGGUCCAGGGCAAAACGAGUUUUUGGAGGGACAGAAAAGAGUGAUAGAGAUCUAAGCCUCUGCUCCCAUCCUAACAGCAGGGAAGCCCCAGGUGCACAAACGAACAGCAGUCUCUCGAUGGACUCAUCAUACAAGGCAACCAUGCUUAGUGGCUUUGAACUCAUUGUGAACUCCAACGAGGGACUAGCCACUGAACACACGCCUGUCAGGAGUUUGUGUGAGGUUGUGCAGGUUGAAAGACCAAGUGGUCACCUACCCUCAGAUACCUGCAUGACUGAAACUCCAGGGGAUUCAGCUUUCACUGAGACAAACUGUGUCACAAUCACCGAUCGAGUCCAAACAGAAGCCAAAGUACAAGAACUCGACAGUUCCAGUGACUCUGACUGCACCAUGAUAUCUGAGCCUGAGUGCACGCAGGCGGACGACUCGAAGCGUGACAUAACUGAGAAUGAGACGCCAAACCUCGACCUCUGCCCAGGGGUGUGUAGUCCCAGUGAGAUGAGAAAUGGGAAUUAUAAUGUGCCUCCUAAUGGCAGUGAAUCACAGACCUUUAAUGGAAACGUCACCGGGAGCAGCCUCGCCGCUAACGCCUCGGCCAGCCGUCAGGGUUUGCACAAGCAGAAGGCCAAGAUACCGAAACAAAAGAGGAGACAGAGCUGCUCAGCCAAAUCACAGGGCUGUUGGAAACUAUGGCAGCCGAGCAAAACAUUUGGAUGCCCGACUGACUCAGCAGUUGGUAAAGUCACCAUGGAGAGGGCAAAGGUCAAGCCGAGAAAUAUUCAUAAGAGAAAUGGCCUGGGGGAGACUCAGCUACACCGCGCAUCUAAGAAAGGGGACCUGGCCUCGGUCAAAGCUCUAAUUGAGUCUGGGAUAGAUGUCAACCUCGCAGACCAUGCAGGGUGGACGGCACUGCACGAGGCCUGCGCUGGUGGGUUCACUGCUGUGGUGGAGAAGCUACUGUGUGCCGGGGCUGAUGUCACCAGCCGAGGGCCCGAGGGACUGACUCCUUUGCAUGAUGCCGUGGAGUCCGGCUGGUACGAGGUAGUAAAGCUUCUUCUCCAGAAUGGAGCAAACCCUAAAGAUAAAAAUGCUCUGGGGAAAACUGCAUUGGACUUGGCCUGUCAUGCAGACAUCAAAGAGCUGCUCUCAACAUUCAAGGGACCUCUAGUGACAGCGGUGCGUCCACGUCAGCCUACUCAAGAGGUCACGGACCAGAUGAAGCCAAGCCAUUCUCCCAGAAUCCUUGAGGGUAAACCAGAGGAAGACCCAGAGAACCGCAAGCCCAGCAGGAUUACCACCACGGAGAGAGAAGCCGCUCCCACGGACUCCAUCAUGGCGAUGCUGCAGGAGGUUGAAAGGAGGCAGAUGGACAUGACAGCCUGGCAAUUACAUAAAUCAGAAGAUAAAGACAAAUUCAUGGCAGAAUGGUCACAGAUGCAGACCAAGCUGAACAAAGUGCUUAUUAAACAACAGGCCGCUAAAGAUGAUCUCACAAAUAAGUACAGGAUGGUUCCCGACUCAUUUCAACAGGGCACUCUGAGAAACAGCCUCAGGUCUCUGGCCUCCCGACAAAAAUGCCUUUUGGGCCUUCUGCAGAAGCAGAGUGAGUUGAAACUCAAGGUCCACACUCAGAAAGUUCCCACCUCUGCCUCCAAAAAGAUGAAUGCUUUAGCAACAGGCAGCCUGAACAACCACUCCAUCCAGCCUGAUCACAGGCGGAUAGCAAAGGAUCUAAAAAUGUGUAUUUCUAAAAUAGAUCAAGUUGUUUCCAGUUCCUCUGAAUCAACUCUCACAGAAUUAAAGAAUCCACAGAAAGGAGGGGAUGGCCUUCAUUGCCAAAGCACUAAAUCCUUGCCUGGGGCCGGUCUGUCAGCAGUGCCCGUCUACACCUUAUCUCUACCCACUGCACUUCCACAGGGCCAGUCGGGCAUUGUUUUGGUCAACCAUGGAGGGAAGAGCUUUGCCUUUGUUGGCCUCUCCAAAUGUAGAGUACCUGUAGCGCCUAAAAAACAGCCCGUUUCCAGCCUUAGAUCUUCAACAUCUCCCCGCAGUUCCGCAGUUCAACCUCUCCCCGUUCCAUCUCCCGCUUCUCAAACAAGCCUGACUGACUUGGAACCCCCUGCAGUCUCACUGGCCCUGGCACAGAUGUGCAAUGUGAGCACCUCGCACCACGAGACCGUAGUGCCCGACGCUGGAGGCAGUAGCGGUGGUCCUGACGAAAGAUCGGUAACAUCAAAGACCAAGAGGAACGGUUUGAAAUCCAGCACUGGCCCUGAAGAUGCUGGAGAUGUCAAGGGCAGGUCCUUGAGCCCAGUUUACCCCCACCACAACGCUGAAGACAUGAACAGUGACAUUCAGCAAGACAGACCACCAGAGGCACAGGGCAGUGGUGCAUCACUAAGUGACGGGAGCAAGCUAGAGGAGAGCAACCGGCUAGCUACCCUCGUAAGACAAGGAGUCCUUCUGCCGGCAAAGAAUGCACUAGAGUUUGAACUGAAGGGCUCCUGCCACCAAGCAUCUCUUCUACACGACGGCUCCAUCAGAGACAUAAACGGCAAAGACUUUGUCACCCCCGAGCGGUGGGUUGAGUCCAUUCUGGGGAACAAGAUUCCUGUGUCCUCAACAUAUGCAUGGAAAAAGAUAACCUUCAGGUCCAAGUCUCUCAGUGCUUACCUUCUGAAUGCUGACGACACAGGAAGAGCCGAAGCCGGAACUCUUGCCCCACAGCCAAAAGAGAUUAAGAAAAAUACAAGCGGCAGUUUCCUGGAAAUCAAGUCCAUCCACCUGAUAUGCAAUGAUGAGUUUGCACCUACACACAUCAUUGACCAUUAUUGGGAGUUUAUAACAAAGAGUGAGGAUUGGGGCUUUGAAGCAGCAUCCCUGUAGAACUGAUUUCUACUUUUCCCUUUUUUAUAUAAUGUAUUCUUAAGGCAGAUACGUGUUCAGUUGUACUGACAAGAUUUA